GGCGGGGUCCGACCACUUGACUGUGGUAGCUGAGGGACGUCUAGGAUGGCUGUGGCAGAGGUGGACUACGCGUUGGUCUACGAGGGGACGGUGUAGAGUCGGAUCAUGGAGCGACUGAAAACUAGCGGUCCAGCCUCAGGACAGGCUGAGAGGUUCCGAGGCUAGGCGAGGGAAUUCGCGAUCUGGGCGGGCCCUUUGGGGGAGGCAGAGACACCACUGCACAUAUGUUCUCAAGAGAAACAGUAAGAGGCCGGAGAUGUAGCUCAGUGGUUCCGCCACCUGCCUCGCAAGCACAAGGUCCCAGGCUCGAUUCCCGGUACCAAAAAAAAAAAGAAAAACAGUAAGAGGGCUUCAAGGAAGAGGACUGAACAGCACUCAUCACACACAGCUCAUCUUAAAUUCACCAGCUAAUUGGAGUGACUGACUGACUGCUAAUGAUCCUUACCCAGAGGAAAAGAAUCAUUGUUACAGAAAGAAUGAGUUGUAUUUCCAGAGUUUCUUGAUGACUCUGCAGAGCGGUUCAGUGCAGUGGUGCACUCACCAGGUCCUUGCUCUCAGGAAGAAGACAGUUCAUAUGUGGCAAGUGAAAAAAGGCUUCAAGAAUGAGAACGGAUCUUAGUUUCCAGACCUUUGGCCAGAGGGCUCUCUGCUGAGUCGGGACAGACAGAACGCACAAACUAGCAGGUUUCCCAAGAACAGUAGACAUGAUUGAGUCACAGAUAUCAUUUGAGGAUGUUGCUGUGGACUUCACAUGGGAGGAGUGGGAGCUGCUGAACCCUACUCAAAAGAGCUUGUACAGAGAUGUGAUGUUGGAGAACUACAGCAGCCUCGUCUUCCUGGAAGUCUGGCUAGACAAUAAUUCCAAAAUAUGGCAUCAGGAUAAUCAAGACAAAAGUAUGGAGAGAGGGCAUGGAUAUGAUGUUUUGGGGAAAAUAUUUAAUUCAAGCUUGAACUUUGUUCAUUUAGGAAUAAGACAUCAUGAAUGUGCCUCAGGUGAAAAAAGUUUGAAACACCCUUUCGAUUUUCUUACUCUGAAAAAUAACUGUGGCAGAAAAAAAUUUGAUGACCUCUGUAAAAAAUUAUUUUUUUACAUAAAACCUGGCAAUAUGUUUGGUGAAAUAAAAUACUAUGGUUGCAACAAAUUUAGAAAAACCAGCAUGAAAGAAUCAUGGCUCAUUCCAAAUCACGUAACACAUACAGGAAUCUAUUUAUGCAUGGAGUGUGGCAAAGUUUUUACGAAAAAGUCACAGCUUGCUCUGCAUCAGAGAACUCACACAAGAGAGAAGCCCUACCGGUGCAGUGAAUGUGGGAGAACCUUCUCACAGAAGUCCUUGCUUACUCUUCACCACAGGACUCACUCAGGAGAAAAACCCUAUGGGUGUGGAGAAUGUCCUAAGGCUUUCAGCCGGAAAUCAUUGCUUGUUCUGCAUCAGAGAACUCAUACUGGAGAGAGGCCCUAUGCAUGCAGUGAGUGUGGGAAAGCCUUUAGCAGGAAGUCACAGCUUAAAAGACAUCAGGUCAUUCACACGGUAGAGAAACCCCAUGGCUGCAGUGACUGUGGAAAAGCUUUCUCCCAGAAGUUGAAGCUCAUCACACAUCAAAGAAAGCAUACAGGCGAGAAGCCCUAUAAAUGUGGUGAUUGUGGAAAGGCUUUCUUUUGGAAGUCACAGCUGAUUACUCAUCACAGGUCUCAUACAGGGAAGAAACCCUAUGCAUGCAGUGAGUGUAAAAAAGCCUUCAGCAGGAAUUCACUCCUCAUUCGGCAUCAGAGGAUUCACACAGGAGAAAAACCCUAUGAGUGCAGUGAAUGUGGUGAAGCCUUCAUCAGAAAGCCACAGCUUGUCAAGCAUCAGAUAACCCACACCGGGGAGAAGAAUCACCAAUGCAGCGAUUGUGAAGAAGCCUUCUUCAAGAAGUCAGAGCUAAUAAGACAUCAAAAACUUCACUUAGGAGAAAAACCCUAUGGGUGUGUUGAAUGUGGGAAAACCUUCUUUGGGAAGUCACAGCUCCUCACACAUCAGAGAACUCACACUGGGGAGAAGCCUUAUGAAUGCAGUGAAUGUGGGAAAGCCUUCACCCAGAAGUCAAGCCUGAUCUCACACCAGAGAACACACACAGGUGAAAAGCCCUAUGAAUGCACUGAGUGCAGGAAAACCUUCAGUGAGAAGUCAAGUCUCAUUCAUCACCAGAGGACUCAUACUGGGGAAAAGCCCUUUGAAUGUAGUGAAUGCAGGAAAGCUUUUGCCUGGAAACCACAACUCCUGAGGCAUCAGAGAAUUCACACAGGGGAGAAGCCCUACAAAUGCAGUGAGUGUGGGAAAGCCUUUGUUCAGAAGGUGCAACUCAUUAAGCAUCAGAGAGGUCACACUGGAGAGAAAAUUUAUGGUUGCAGUGAUUGUGCCAAAGCUUUCUAUGAGAAGGCACAGCUUAUCAUUCAUCAGAGAAUUCAUACAGGAGAGAGGCCUUACAAGUGCAGUGAAUGUGGGAAAUCUUUCACUAGAAAGUCACACCUUAUGAGGCAUCAAAGAAUUCAUACAGAAAAUAAUACUAUGGAUGUAGUGAGUGUGGCACCACCUUCCACAGGAAGUCACAGCUCAUCCUACAUCAGAGGAGUCAUGUGAUAUAGAAGUCACAUGAGUGCAGUGAUUGUGGAAAGCUGCUCUCUGAUGGCACACAGACACUUCUGAGGGCGUAUGUAAGAGACACCCCUGAGGAGACCGUGACUACUGGAAAACCAUUAAUACAGAGUCAAGAGUCACUAUAUAAUUCAGAAAGUAGAAUGAUGUAAAAGUAGACAGUGGAAAACCCUUCUUCCAGAAGAUACAGCUCAUUGCUAGUUGGAUGACUCCUCCCAGUGAAAUGUUACCAGUAUUACAGUGCUGGCAAUACAGUAAUAUAGAAGCUUUGAGUCUGAAGUCCAGGUAUUCAUCAUUUAGAACACCUGAACAUGAGGAAAAGCUGUUGUACCAAGUGAAUCAAGGGUAUCAGGUAAUGGCAACUCACUGAACUCUAGAGAAUGCUUACAGAAAGAAACACUGAACAUUACAUCUCAGAGACUUAAUACUGAGAGGUAUUCUGAUCAUUUGAAGAGAAGGAUAAGCAUAAUUCUGUUGAAAUAAUAUUGUAAGGAGGUUGUGUUUACUGUAUAUGAAUUAUUAGAAAAAGUAGUUGAUUUUGUCACAGGUGUAUUAAGGGUGAAGACUUUUGCUUCUGCUGUAGUGGAAUAACAUGGGUCAGAUUAACUCUCUUGCCUUAAACAUCUAGAAACUAAAAUAUAUGUGAAAUUCUUUCUUUUUAUUUAUGUUUUUAAUUGACAUCAUAAUUGUAAAUAUUUGUGGGAGAAAGUGGCAUUUUGAUAUGUGUAUACAAAUGCUGAUGCUAGAUCAGGGUAAGUGGUGCUGCAAUCACCUCAGACAUUUACUGUUUCCUUGCAUUAGUGAUGAAUAAAACCCACUUCGUUAUGUACUCAGAAA